UCCCAGCACUUGGGAGGCAGAGGCAGACAGAUCUCUGUGAGUCCCAGGCCAGCCUGGUCUAUAGAGUGAGUUACAGGACAGCCAAGGCUACACAGAGAAACCCUGUCUUGGCGGGGAGGGGGAGGGAGCACUUGGUGGGGAAAGGCUUUGUUUUACCUCAUAGGCUACAGUCCACCAUUGUGAGAAGCUGAGGCAGGAACUCAAGGCAGGCACCGGAGGAGGAACUAACUGACUUGUCACUCUCCAAUCCUAAUUUGUGGCAAGUUGCCAUUGAAACCACCCACCACGAUGUCUUUUGUGUAAUUUGGAUGAGAAGACACACGUAAAAGCCAUGUAUACAAGGUUCUCAUCUCUAACACCAGCACUUGGGAGGGGGGCCGGGGGAGACAGGCAGAGUCUUAGGGCCCUCUGCCAGUCAGCCUAGCAGAACUGGAAAGCUCCGGGUUUAGGGAGAGACCCUGUCUCAAAAAAGAAGGUGGAGGGCAAGAGGAAGACAUGACCUCUGGCCUCCACAUACAGCAUGUUACAUGAGGAUAGGGUAGGGCGAGGUCCCAGGAGCAAAUCUUUCCUUUCCAGUUUAAGAUUGGGCUGCUUCCUCGGAAAGGAUGAGAAUCUCCAGCUAAAGGGAACUGACAAGAAGCUGGGGUCUCUCCCACCCCGGGAACAACUUCGAGAGAAAGGAACAGCACUGUCUCUCUAAACCCCACCCCCACCCCAGCAGGGCUGGUCCGAAACUCACCCAGGUCUUGAACCCCAGCUCUUCCUUCCUCAGCCUCCCAAAAGGGAUCCCAGGCACGUGCUACCACACCGGGCUCCAGAAUCCUCUUAGAAAAUCAAGUCUUUCUCAGGAGCCCACGGCCCUCUGCCCCCCCCCCCCCAUCGCCAGUCACCCAGUCACCCUCGCCCUGCCCUCUGAGGCUGGCAGCUUGAGCAUCUGCAAGGCUUGGAACAUCUUUUGGGGCCCAUACCGAGCUCUGGGAACUAAGUUUCCAUUCUCCUCCAGCUGUUCCUGCUGCUGCUGGAUCUUACCCAAGUCACCCCCUCACUUCCCAGGCCCGUUGGGUAAAGUGACAGUUCUGAUUCUGCUCCAGAGCCCUUUGAGGAUCCGCUGGAAAGCCCUUCCUGACCCUCCCGCUAGCCAAGCUGGGCUCAUGUGGUCACAUUUUACUUCCUCAAAUCCCCCAAGCUAAAAUCACCUUCCCCGAUCCCAUCUAUCCCUGCAUCCCUCUGCCUGGAAGGCUCGCUCUUUCCUCCUUGUAAAUGCCUAUUCAUCCUUGGGUUUCGGAUAAAAUGUCAGUGCCCCUUUGGAGACCUCGGUGUUCUUCAUAGCCUUACAGGCCUGGGAGAAACUCUUUUCUUUCUGUGUGCAUGGUGUGUGUGUGCUCGCUCAUGUAUGUGUGGGAGUGUGGGUGUCUGACACACACGUGAUGGCCAGAGGGUUGAAUCAGAGCUCUGGGAAAGCAGUUUCUCCUGAUGCUUCCGUGUGCUGAGCAGCUGAGCAGAACUUCAAGGCUCUGAAGAAUCUGAGAUGUUGCCGGUCCAGAACCAAAUUACCUUGGGUCAUCUUCAGCCUUCUCCACAGCCAUUGUUACCUGCCCUCCUCUGUCCUUGACCUAACAGCUUUCUGACAAUUAGGUAAGGCUUUUGGAAUGCACAGAACACUGGUUUUCCUUUGGACUGUAUUAACUUAGCAGACCAGCAGCUUCCAUCAUCCCAGAAGCCAAGACCGUCAUCCAAAGCCUGUAACAGAGGUCUCAGAUUCACUGUAACCCACCUCUGACGUCCCCAGCAAUGUAUCUGAAAAGUGUCUUGACUUAGGACUUUCUUUGCUCUGUUACUGUGAAAACUUCAUCAAAUCCUUUCCACACUGGAACAUGGACAUUUGGGGUGACCUAAACCUGUUCCCAGACCAUGGUCGCUCAUAUUUGGCUCCAGAAUAAACUGUCUCCGUCCUUUUGAGGUGAGAGGUCUGUUUUUGUGUCAGCAGAGGACAAUCUCAGGUGUCACCUUCUACCUUGAGACAGGGUGUCUUCCUGGUGCGUCACUUUGUACACCAAGCCAGCUGUCCCUUUCUCUCAUAUCACCGAACACUGGAAUUGCAGACUCCCACUCCCGGGCCAGCUUUAUGCGGGUCCUGCAGAUUCGAACGCAGGUCCUCAGGUGCAAGUGCUUUUCCCACGGACCUAUCUCCUCACCCAGGGAAAUUCUGGUUUGGUUUCCAGGUCUCUGGCCACAAAGGACAGCUGAGGCCAUCCUUCACCCGUCCAGCAGUAGCAGUGGCAGUGUCUGAUACGAAAGAAAAUCCAAAUACAUAGUUAUUAGACGAGGGGUUGAAGAUAGAGCUCAGUGGUGGAGUCCUUGGCUGGUUUCAAUUCUCAGCACUUAAAAGAGUGGCUGGCUGGAUGAAAGGCGGCUUGCAGAAGAAAGCGGGGCUGCACCCCAAAAGGGCUUGAGCAUGCGCAGCGUUCCAAAUGGCCGUGGAUGUCUGAUGGGGUCACGCGUCCUCCAGGCACGCGCGUGGUCAGCAGACCCAGAGGGUCUGGGUCCGGAAACCAAGUUUCCAGACGGGUAGCUGGAGCCCCAUCCUUCAGGCCACGUGGCCCGAAGUCCGCAGCCGAUUGGAUGCGGGCAGCACCGCCCCUGGCCCUGAGCUGGUGUUGGUUGUGAGCGGUCCUCCGCACGGUUGGCAUCAUGGAAGCCGCGGUGCUGGCCGUGGUUUUGGGCUUCCUACUCCUGGCCGGGGGCUCGGUGGGCGACGAGGCUCGGGAGGCGGAGGCCGUCCGGGAGCUGGUGGCCCGGCUGCUGGGACCCGGGCCGGCGGCCGAUUUCUUGGUGUCGGUCGAGCGCGCGCUGGCAGCCGAGUCAGGUCUGGACACCUACAGCCUGAGCGGCGGCGGCGGGACGCCGGUGCGUGUGCGCGGCUCCACCGGGGUGGCGGCCGCCGCGGGGCUGCACCGCUACCUGCGCGACUUCUGCGGCUGCCAGGUGGCCUGGUCCGGCUCUCAGCUGCACCUGCCGCGGCCGCUGCCCGCCGUGGCCGAAGAGCUGACCGAGGCCACGCCCAACAGGUAUCGCUAUUACCAGAAUGUGUGCACGCACAGCUACUCCUUCGUGUGGUGGGACUGGGCCCGUUGGGAGCAAGAGAUUGACUGGAUGGCGCUGAAUGGCAUCAACCUGGCACUGGCUUGGAAUGGCCAGGAGGCCAUCUGGCAGCGGGUGUACCUGGCCUUGGGCCUGACCCAGUCAGAGAUUGAUGAGUACUUCACCGGUCCUGCCUUCCUGGCCUGGGAACGCAUGGGUAACCUGCACACCUGGGGUGGCCCCCUCUCCCGCCCCUGGCACCUCAAGCAACUCUACCUGCAGCAUCGGAUCCUGCACCGGAUGCGCUCCUUCGGCAUGAUCCCAGUGCUUCCUGCCUUCGCAGGACAUGUCCCCAAGGCCAUCACCAGGGUGUUCCCACAAGUCAAUGUCACCCAGUUGGGCAGCUGGGGACAUUUCAACUGCUCCUUCUCCUGCUCCUUCCUUCUGGCUCCAGGAGACCCCAUAUUCCCCCUCAUCGGGAGCCUCUUCCUACGGGAGCUGACCAAAGAGUUUGGCACAGAUCAUAUCUAUGGGGCUGACACUUUCAACGAGAUGCAGCCUCCCUCCUCGGAGCCCUCCUACCUCACCGCAGCCACUGCGGCUGUCUAUGAGGCCAUGAUUGCGGUGGACCCUGAUGCUAUGUGGCUGCUCCAAGGCUGGCUUUUCCAGCACCAGCCUCAAUUCUGGGGCCCUGCUCAGAUCAAGGCCGUGCUGGAGGCUGUGCCCCGUGGUCGUCUCUUGGUUCUGGACCUGUUUGCCGAGAGCCAGCCUGUUUACGUCCACACAGCCUCCUUCCACGGCCAGCCCUUCAUCUGGUGCAUGCUGCACAACUUUGGAGGUAACCAUGGCCUGUUUGGAACCCUGGAGGCUGUGAACCAAGGCCCCAGGACAGCUCGCCUCUUCCCCAACUCCACCAUGGUCGGCACCGGCAUAGUCCCUGAGGGCAUCGGCCAGAAUGAAGUGGUCUAUGCUCUCAUGGCUGAGCUGGGUUGGCGCAAGGACCCUGUGCCGGAUUUGGUGGCCUGGGUGAGCAGCUUUGCCAGCCGCCGAUAUGGGAUCUCCCAGCCCGAUGCAGAGGCAGCCUGGAGACUCCUCCUUAGGAGUGUCUACAACUGUUCUGGGGGGACCUGCAGUGGGCACAAUCGGAGCCCGCUGGUCAAGCGGCCAUCCCUACAGAUGAGUACCACUGUCUGGUACAACCGAUCAGACGUGUUUGAGGCCUGGCGACUGCUGUUAACAGCUGCUCCAAACCUGACCGCCAGCCCAGCCUUCCGCUAUGACCUGGUGGAUGUCACCCGCCAGGCAGUGCAGGAGCUGGUGAGUUUGUGCUAUGAGGAGGCAAGGACCGCCUACCUGAAUAAGGAGCUGGAUCUCUUGCUCAGGGCAGGAGGCCGUCUGGCCUAUAUGCUCCUACCUGCCCUAGAUGAGCUACUGGCAAGCGACAGCCGCUUCUUGCUGGGCAGCUGGUUGGAUCAGGCCCGGGCUGUGGCAGUGAGUGAAGCUGAGGCCCAGUUUUAUGAACAGAACAGCCGCUACCAGCUGACCCUGUGGGGGCCUGAGGGUAACAUUCUGGACUACGCCAAUAAGCAGCUGGCAGGACUGGUAGCCGAUUACUACCAGCCACGCUGGGGUCUCUUCAUGGAGACUCUGGCUCACAGCCUCGCCAGCGGCGUCCCCUUCCAACAGCGCAAGUUUGAGAAGGAUGUUUUCCCACUGGAGAAGGCCUUCGUUAUCAACAAGAAGAGGUAUCCCAGUCAACCCCAGGGGGACACUGUGGACCUAGCCAAGAAGAUCUUCCUCAAAUAUCACCCCCAGGCAGGCUCUUUGUGACAGGCCAGUGGUCCAGGGACCUGCUGGAACAGGUCUUCAAACCUGGAAAAAGCACAGGAUGAUCCCUAUGCCUAGGGGAAGGAACCAGGGUCAGCCAGUGAGUGUCGAUUGAAGGAAGAUGAGCUGCUAUCGGGGACUUGGGGGGUCCAGCCCCUCGAUAGUCCCCUCCCAGGGUCCGGGAAGAAUCUACAACCAGCUGAGAAUUAAUCUUUGAUAAAAAGAAAUGAAUCUAUGUACACGAAACUCCUUAGUUCAUACACUUUAUUAUUCUGUGAUAGUUCUCUCUCUGUGCACAGCUUCUAUUCUGCUCUCAUGUCUAGCUCCUUUCUUGCCUGAUUUCUCUAUAUUUAUCUACUGCCCCCUCUAGGUUCUAUGUUAAUUCCUUCAUCUAGUUCUGUCCCUUCUGGGUUCUCCUCUAUCUAGUUCUUCCCCCUAUUAGCUCCUCUCCCAUCUCCUUCUCUCUCAUCUGGCUCUUCCUCAUCUUGUUCUUCCCCAUCCGGCUCUUUCUCAUCUUCCAUCUCGUUCCUCUAGUCCUCUCUUCUAGCCCUUCAAUCUAGUUCUUCCCCAUCUCAGCUUGUUCCUCUCAAGUUCUUACCCAUCUAGUUCUUCCAUUCUCUUUUCUCUUCUCCCCUGUGCCCUGGAAGUCCCGGGUCCGAGCUAAAUUGUGUGAAGCUAUUUACUUAAUGUCCACCUCACCUAGGCGGUGUCUCUUUGUGGAAUUUACCUUAAAUCAGGAGACUUGCCUGUGGGCUGCUAUCAUUGUUAGUCCUAGGAAGUUGGGCGCCCCCCCCCCCCCCCCGGGUGGUGUCUCCUUGUGGAAUUUACCUUAAGUCAGGAGACUCGCCUGUGGGUGGUUAUCACUGUUAGUCCUCGGAAAUUGGGCGACCACCUGGGUGGUGUCUCCUUUAGUCCUUGAAAGUGGCUAGGGGAGAUAUCUGAUUCCAGGGAAAGCCUUUCCUGAGGCUGUUCUCCAAAUGCCUGGAAUGUGUAUGUCUAGAGAGUGAUCAGUCCACACUGUUAGUCCUUCUUAGGGAAAAAUCAAUUGGGAAAACUAUGAAGGCACACAUGAUUUUCAUAACAGAAGACAGCUGAUAUAUAACAAGCCAAGUAACACCAAAAACUCCUUGGGAUUUGGCUUCCUCUGGAGGAAUUCCCUGAUUCCUCCAGGUAGUGACUUUGCCAUAACCAGCUGAGUUCUUAUGAUAUAUUCCUGGGGCCCGCAGCAAGCUGCUCUACUCCUCCACCCCAGAUCUGGGGGUUAAAGUACUGUUUUCGGUUAACAAUAAACUGCUGAAUCAGCUUGGCACUAUUCAACUCAA